GAGGGAGCUAUCAAGCAACAUUACAAAGUGAACGACGAGUUCGACCUGAGGAUAAGAUGCUUCGAGGAUCAGUUCCACAUUUACGUCGAGCAUCGUCUGGUGGCAAAAUUCGCCCAUUAUGUCCCGAUGAACAACAUCUCACAUGUGUACGUAAACGGUGACGUGCUGCUCUACGGAGUCUCGUGGGAGGGAAAGUUCUACAAGUCGAUGCUUCAGAGUGUACCGUAUGCGGCUGACAUCCCAGGCAAUUUCUAUCCAGGACGUCGACUGUUUGUGUCCGGCUUGGUACCAAAAGGUGCUAAACAGUUUCUGAUUGAUUUCCAUGCUAACGCUGAAUUGGCGUGUCGAGUCAAAGCUGUCUUCCCCACAAAGAAAGUGCUUCGUACGUCUCGGUUGAACGAUCGAUGGGGACCAGAGGAACGAAUCGGUGCCGAUCAGGCAUUCCCGUUCAAGAGAAAACAAACCUUCGAUCUGCUUAUUUACUGUAGCGAAAGCAAAUUCGAGGUUCUGUUAUUACUUCCACACUUUCAUCGAUCGACAGUUUAA